AUGAAAUCAUAAUGUUCAGCUCCAAAACCUGAUUUUUGUUCAUUGGAAUAACAACCUCCAUCAUUACCAGAUGAUGGUAUUUCUCAUGAUAGCAAGAAAUCAUUAGAUUUUGUAAAUGAGGCAACUCUUAAGGUUCGCUAUGAUAAAUUUGGGAAUCUAAUUGACAAAAAAAAACGGUAGUAAUAAGUGUCUUUUAGAGACAGAAUAGAAAAGACUUAAAAAUUAUAUGAUUUAAUAGUGUUUGAUCAUUUUAAAAUUGAAUAGGUUGAUAAACAGAAUAAAUAAUUAAGAUAAAACUAACAGUUGUGUUGUAAAAUUUAAUGA